AUGUCAGAAGGCUACGCGAUCGAGCUCUACUUCGACCCAGCGCUUGAAAACCAAGUUUUGAAAGCUUGGAACGUCUUCGCUCGUCGUCAAAUCAGUACAAAAUUGAUCAACAACGAGUCUCGUCCACACAUAACCUUAUUCUCCACCAUCUUCUUCGAUUCAACGAAGCUCGAAUCUGUCGUCAAAACCUUCGUAUCAAAGCAAGAACCACUCUCGAUCUCGCUCUCUACCAUCGGAACCUUCUCGAGCGAUAACAACGUACUGUUCCUCUCGCCGACACCGUCCUUGUCGCUGCUUCAAUUACAGUCUCAGUUAUGCGACGCGAUUAAGAAAGAAGGUGUUGAGAUUGGGGAAGAGUAUCGUGUCGAUUCGUGGGUUCCGUUUUGUCCUGUGGCUCUUGAUGUACCUAAGUCACGUAUGGCUGAGGGUUUCUCGGUGUUGAGGGAUUUGAAGCUUCCGGUGAAUGGUUACGGUAUGGAGAUUGGUCUUGUUGAGUUUUCUCCUGUUCGUGAAGUCUUCUCAUUUCCUCUUGGUAACAACAAUUUGGAGUCUUGA